UGUGCUCGGGCAAGUUUUACUUCUCCCUAGAGCAGGGGUGUUUGCCAGCAGCCUGAGCUCUCAGAAAUCAGACUCAAGUGGCCGGAACCCUUGAGACCAGGGGCUUGCCAUGCUGCUCCCUAGGAGGGCCAGGAACUGCUGACGUGACCACUGGACAGUUAUUUGUGUCUCUUAGAAUUACCAAACAGAAUGGACAAGCUUAAUAAAAUAACCGUCCCUGCCAGUCAGAAGUUGAGGCAGCUGCAAAAGAUAGUCCAUGAUAUUAAAAACAAUGAAGGUGGAAUAAUGAAUAAAAUCAAAAAGCUAAAAGUCAAAGCACCUCCAAGUGUUCCUCGAAGGGACUACGCUUCCGAGAGCCCCGCGGAUGAAGAGGAACAGUGGUCUGAUGACUUUGACAGCGACUAUGAAAAUCCAGACGAGCACUCGGACUCAGAGAUGUACGUGAUGCCUGCCGAGGAGAAUGGGGACGACAGCUACGAGCCACCUCCGGUGGAGCAGGAGACCAGGCCGGUUCACCCAGCCCUGCCCUUCGCCAGGGGCGAGUAUGUAGACAAUCGAUCAAGCCAGAGGCAUUCCCCACCCUUCAGCAAGACACUUCCCAGUAAGCCCAGCUGGCCUUCAGAGAAAACAAGGCUCGCCUCCACCCUGCCGGCCCUGACUACUCUGCAGAAACCUCAAGUCCCAGCCAAACCCAAAGGCCUCCUUGAGGAUGAGGCUGAUUAUGUGGUCCCUGUGGAAGAUAAUGAUGAAAACUAUAUUCAUCCCACAGAAAGCAGCUCACCUCCACCUGAAAAAGCUCCCAUGGUGAAUAGAUCAACCAAGCCAAAUAACUCCUCAAUGCCCGCCUCUCCUCUGGGAACAGCUUCAGGUCGAAACAGUGGGGCCUGGGAAACCAAGUCACCUUUACCAGCAGCUCCAUCCCCGUUGCCACGGGUAGGGAAAAAACCGACACCACUGAAGACAACUCCAGUUGCCUCUCAACAGAAUGCUUCAAGGGUUUGUGAAGAAAAACCUAUACCUGCUGAACGCCACCGAGGGUCAAGUCAUAGACAAGAAGCUGUGCAGUCGCCAGUGUUUCCUUCUGCCCAGAAACAAAUCCAUCAAAAACCCAUACCUCUGCCAAGAUUUACAGAAGGGGGAAGCCCAACUGUGGAUGGUCCCCUACCCAGCUUGUCAUCUACGUCCACUAUCUCAGAACAGGAAGCUGACGUUCUCUGCAAGCCAUGGUAUGCUGGUGCCUGCGAUCGAAAGUCUGCUGAAGAGGCAUUGCACAGAUCAAACAAGGAUGGAUCAUUUCUCAUUCGGAAAAGCUCUGGCCAUGAUUCCAAACAACCAUAUACACUAGUUGUAUUCUUUAAUAAGCGAGUAUAUAAUAUUCCUGUGCGAUUUAUUGAAGCAACGAAACAAUAUGCCUUGGGCAGAAAGAAAAAUGGUGAAGAGUACUUUGGAAGUGUUGCUGAAAUCAUCAAGAAUCAUCAACAUAGUCCUCUGGUUCUUAUUGAUAGUCAGAAUAACACAAAAGAUUCCACCAGACUGAAGUAUGCAGUUAAAGUUUCAUAAAGAAGAAAAAAAUCAGUAUCAUUGUUUCAGACAUUUUCCCAAGUUUCUCCUUUUGAGAAAAAGUCCUAAAACUUCAUAUUUUGGAUUAUGAAUCAGCCAGUAAUAAAAUAGAAGAUGAUUUCUUUUUAAGAAAGUCACAUGGACUUUUUCUACCUAUUGCCUGACCUGUGAACUGUUAAUAUCUGGUGAGGUUGACUUAUCAUACUACGAAUAUUUUCCAAAUAAAUACAUUCAUUUUUAAAAA